CAGAUAAUCUAUAAGCUAUCUUCCUGCGCUGUUGACUGCUGUGGAUCGAGUCAGACACCACUCCCACGAAAGAUUUAUUUCGUAAUUAAUACAAACUUUUACUUUUACUUGAAUAAAGCAGGUAAUAAGUGGACACAUGACCGGAGGAUCGAUAGCAGUGCGUCGUCUCUCCCAACAAGUUAGACUACUUUCUUCAUCACGUUCAUCAAUGGUCUCCACAUUUGGUACUCGCCUCAUUGGCGCGCCUAACACCCUCGAACACCGAGUGUUCAUCGAACAUAAUGGCUCCGUCGUGUCCUCUUUUCACGACGUUCCUCUCUUUGCCGACCAGAGCAAUGGCAUCCUCAACAUGAUCGUCGAGGUUCCUCGUUGGACUAACGCGAAGAUGGAGAUCUCCAAGGAGGAGCCCUUCAACCCCAUCAAACAGGACAUCAAAAAGGGUCGUUUGCGCUUUGUCCGUAACUGCUUCCCCCAUCAUGGGUACAUCUGGAACUAUGGUGCUUUCCCUCAGACUUGGGAGGAUCCGGCUGCUCUCCACCCUGAGACUAAAGCCAAGGGUGACAACGAUCCAUUGGAUGUCUGUGAGAUCGGCGAACAGGUCGGCUACGUCGGUCAGGUUAAGCAGGUCAAGGUUCUCGGUAUCAUGGCUCUGCUCGAUGAGGGCGAAACCGAUUGGAAAGUCAUCGUCGUUGAUGUGCAUGACCCCCUUGCAUCGAAGCUUAACGACAUCGAGGACGUGGAGCGCCACCUUCCUGGGUUGAUCAGGGCCACUAAUGAGUGGUUCAGGAUCUACAAGAUUCCCGAUGGCAAGGGCGAGAACGCCUUUGCUUUCUCUGGUGAGGCCAAGAACAAGAAAUAUGCUACAGAGAUCAUCCACGAGUGUAACGAGGCAUGGCGCCGUCUCAUUACCGGCGACAGCCCCGCUAAAACGCCUACCUAUGAGAUCGCUGUCCGCAACCUCACCAACUCAAGCUCGCCAGGUUUCGUUACCCGUAGCGACCCCGUAUAUGCUAACCUUCCUUCCGACUCCAGGCAACCUCCUGCACCCAUCGAUCCUUCCAUCUCAAAGUGGUUCUACAUCUCAUCCGUCCAGGUUUAGAGGAUGGACAGAGAAGUAAAUGUAUAAUCGAUGUACUUGGAUUUGUGACGACUACAUAUCCUUCAAUUCUUUGCCAAGUGGCAUGUAAAUUGUACAAGGCAAAUCAGCUCUCGCCGACCUUAGGUGGCAGGCGACGAGACUAGCCACGAAGUACCAGCCCGUUCAGCAACCGAUUAAUGAGAUAUUAUAUUAUGUAAUUUCUUUUGCCCUGCUCAGCGCUGAGCGCUC